UUCAUUUAAAUAAAAAAAAAAAACCCAACAAAACAGGAUAAUGAUGGUAAGAAUAGUUGAGAGAAUAUAAUAAAGUGUCUAGAAUCUUGAAAUAAUAUUAUUUUAUUAAAAAAAUGAUAGUUAUAGUCUUAAAUAUUGAAGCGUUAUGUAAUUAUUUUUAAAGGAAAUUAAUAUUUUAAUAAUAAAUUUUAUGAUUUUUUAAAACGAUUAGACACUCUACGAUUUUACGGAGAAUUUCUCUUAUUUUCAAUAAUGGAGGUCAAAAUUGACGUUGGUAAAAUCGCCGCGGGAAGUUUCUGUAUUCAAAGCGGGGGAAAAUACAAUGAUAAGUUGGUUGAACUUUCCAAAUCUAUCCUGCUGGUUUGUCUUAUUCCAUGUUGUCGGUAAAAUCAGCAUGAAUUGCUUGAAAAGGUCUCCCAGAAAUAAAAAUAUUAGAAGAUUACGAGCAAGCAACAUAGUCUAUUAUUUCCCGUAAAUUCUUGACAGAUUGAUGUGUUGGUUUUGUUCCACAAAGCCAAAAAGGUAAGAUACGUUCAAACCGGCGAAGCUCAUCAUCUCCUCCGCAGAUGAAGAACGCACCAAGUCCCCGCAACUUCCCCUCGAGGCAAAGACAAGAAAACUUCAUUCUCCGAGAUGGACCGGCCGGCAAUAGCGCAUCCAAUGGAACUCGCUCUGCCUUGAAAUAUAUCAAGGUUGCCGCCAAGAAAGUUGCUGGAGCGUUCGCCGUUGUUCUUUUCUGGCGGAAGAAGGUCAACCCAAAAGAUCAUAUAGCUGAUUCCAGCAAAAAUACCGUUCGAACCAGACGGAAUUCCGUUUCAACAGAUCCUUCUUCGGCGAGCAGUGCGAAGAGUUCAUCAAUGUUCAAGUCCUAUAGCUCUGGUUUUUCUUCCGGUGUUUCCACUGGUCAGGUUGGGAAUUUCUCCAUUGAAGAGAUUUACAAGGCAACCGAAAAUUUCUCUCCAUCUAAUAUAAUUGGGGAAGGCGGAUUUGGGACAGUGUACAAGGGGAGGCUCCGGGAUGGUACUCUUGUUGCAAUAAAGCGCGCGAAAAAGAACAAACAUGAAAGCCACUUGGAGUUCAAGAAUGAAAUGCUUACCUUGUCAACGAUUGAGCAUAUGAAUUUGGUAAGGUUGUAUGGAUAUCUGGAGCAUGAAGAUGAGAAGAUCAUUCUGCUUGAAUAUGUCAGCAAUGGGACACUCCGGGAUCAUCUUGAUGAUACCUUGGGAAAAGGACUUGAAAUUGCAGAGCGGCUGGAGAUUGCAAUCGAUAUUGCUCAUGCAGUUACCUACCUUCACAAUUACACAGAUCAUCCAAUAAUCCACAGAGACAUAAAGGCAUCAAACAUUCUCAUAACAGAGAAACUGCGUGCAAAAGUGGCAGACUUUGGGUUUGCACGAUUGGGCUCACUAGACCCUGACGCAACUCAUGUUUCAACUCAAGUCAAAGGAACGGCAGGCUACUUGGAUCCUGACUACCUCAGGACGAAUCAACUCACCGAAAAGAGUGAUGUUUACUCCUUUGGCGUGUUGCUUGUAGAACUGAUGACUGGAAGAAAACCCAUUGAAACGAAGAGAUCACUCAGUGAGCGGGUAACAAUAAGAUGGGCGAUAAAGAAACUGAACGAAGGAGAGGCAGUAAUUGCCAUGGAUCAAAGGCUGCAAAGGAGCCCAGAAUCAGUCGUGGCAGUGGAGAAGGUACUCAAACUAGCUCACCUAUGCCUUGCACCUUCGAGAAAAUCAAGACCUUUCAUGAAACAAUGUGUCGAGGUAUUAUGGAAUAUCAGAAAAGAUUUGAGAGAAAGAUCCAAUUCUCAUUCUCUCCCUCCUAGUUCUCCUCAAUCUGCAAACUUUCCCGAGAGAGAUGCUAAGCAGAGUUUACAAAUGUCUUUUGGUGUUGAAGAUGGUGACAGCUACAAAUUUAUAUCUGCAUGAUUGAGAGGCAAGCCGAUUUUAAGAGAAACGUCAUUAUUUCAUCUCUGUAAUUUUUUUCUUAAUGUAGAAAUACAAAAUGAAAUAUUCCUACGUUAUAAUUCUUAUAAGUUUGUGCUUAUUCUUUUGAAAUCUAAGAAGACAAGUAGAUAACGA